AAUUUGUAAAUUUGGUAAGUGAAAAGUAUAGUCAGUAUAGAAUUACUUAUAAGCAAACAAUUCAUUUGACAUAACAAAAUAUCAGAAAGUUUUCUAUUAUAAAGUAAAAUACAAAUAACACUGCCUUAUUUUCAUAAACAAUGAAACCCAAUUAAAAUCAAAUUAAUAUAGAAAAAAAAAAAAAAAAAAAAAAGAAACAAAGGGGAAGAAAACCCCUACACCCUUGAUCUUUACUUGUGUCGCUUUCUCAAUCACUGUGUCUGUGAUGUGUGUCCCACAACUGGUAGGCAUAAAAUAUAUCUGUGUUGAGUGCAGUCUGCCCCACCAGCCUCCUCAUAAUUCGCCUUGGCUUGGCCCCGGGGCUCUCUCUAGUCUUCUCUUUCGUUUUCUUUUUCUUUCAUUUCAACAACAUUGCUCGAAACUGACACACAAACAAAGACAGUGAUCGAGGGAGACACAGAGAGAGGAGAGAGAAGAGAGAGAGAGAGAGACAUUGAUAUUUGAUAAAGAGAGAAAACAAACGCCACCUACUCCACAACCCCACCAUGUUUGCUGUUCCUAAACACACCCUUCAACCCCAAAGACCGCAACUUUAAUACUUUCCUCCACCAUUUCAUGACAUUUCUGUUUCUGGGUUUCUCAAAUGUCAGCUGCUGCUGAGGCUACCCAUUACCGCCAUUCAGUCAGCGGAGGCAGUGACGUGUCAGCCUCCGAUGACUCGGACGACCAGUCUUGGCACUCCAUGCUUGAGUCCACCGCAGGAGGAGGAGGAGGGCCUAAGUCUCAGCUUUCUGGGGUGUCUGUUUCAGGCAAUGUUCAGAGGGGCUCUUGUGACUCAAAUUGCUCUCUGGAGUUGGAUUUGGAGAGUGGGGUUUUGGAGUUGAAGGUGGUGCAUUUGAGUAAAGUUGAAAGAAAUUGCAGAAUUUGCCACCUGGGUUUGGAGGGUGGUGGCCCAGAUGGGAUCCCAAUUGACUUGGGUUGCUCUUGCAAGGGUGAUUUGGGUGCUGCUCAUAAGCAAUGUGCUGAGACUUGGUUCAAGAUCAAGGGCGAUACAACCUGCGAGAUCUGUGGCUCCACUGCAUUCAACAUUGCCACUGAGCAGACAAAUGAGGCAAAUGGCACUACUACCACACUCCCAUCAGUACCAGCAGCACCCAUGAUCCUGGUGGAAACCAGAACCAUGUGGCAUGGCCGCCGCAUUAUGAAUUUCCUGCUUGCCUGCAUGAUCUUUGCCUUUGUAAUCUCAUGGCUUUUUCACUUCAAAGUGCUUUAAUGAACACAAGCAGGGAAAAGAAAAGGUCUUUUCUAUAAAUGUGUGGCGGCGGUAAGUUGCAGUUCCAAAUCUUAUCGUGCUUGUACUGCUACUUGUCUGUGCCCGGUCCUACUUGGCUCUACAUUCUUGUUUGAGGCUUAGUUCCAAACUUGUACGCUCUCGGUCAUCUGUAAUAUAAAAGGUGCAACCUGGCUAUCUAUAAAAAGUUAUAUUAUUUUUGGAUAGUAAGAUCCUGUUUUCCAUCUGUAAUCUCCAUUGUGAGCUCAGGGAAUAUUGUCUGGCAAAUAUUUUGUGAAUGUAAGUCAUAUCUGUUUAGGUACGGACUCAUCUGUACGGAAAAAUUCCACGGAGAUGCUCAUAAUGCCCUAGUACCAUUAAGUCAUGACGCCUGCGAAUGAAAGGCUUUUAUCUCAGAUGGCUUCUUCAUUCAUUGAAAAGGUUAAUUACAGUGUCUAGUUUCUUAAUGAUCCUUGUAAUACGCGCGUUACCAGCAUGAAUGCAUCGAUUCAAAAUUUUCGGUUCAUUCAAAUGCUAUGGCUACCUUCAACUGUUUGAGAUUGAUUAUUUCAUGUUUGGAGCAUUAUAUGUU